AUGUCAAUAACACCGAGAGUAGUGAAACCCAAGUCGGCCAAGAGUAAAAGAGCUAUUUUGAAAAAAGAACCGAAAUUAAUUGAAGAUGCUAAAGAAGCUAUAUUCCUUAAAGGCCAGACUGCUUCGAAAUACGCUUUUGAUGCUAUGAAAGACCUAUACAAACUAAAAUCACCUGGUGGAUUAAUCAUGCAGAAGAAAAAUGAUAUACUUCCUUUUGAAAAUAUAGCUCCAAUUGAAAAGUUUUGUAAAAAAUAUAAUGCACCUUUGUUUAUGUUUGUAUCGAAUAACAAAAAACGUCCCCACAAUCUUAUAAUGGGAAGAACAUUUGAACACAGUCUUCUGGACAUGGUAGAGUUUGGAGUUGAAAAUUACAAAGGUUUAAAUGAAUUUAAAAUAGAUAAAAUAUCUUCUGGACUUAAGCCGAUGCUCGUCUUUAACGGAGAUUUAUUUGAAAACAACGAUUUGUAUAGUAAAAUUAAAAAUCUUUUUAUUGAUAUGUUUCAACGUGAAAUCGUUGAUAAUAUUAGGCUCCAAGGAUUAGAGCAAGUCCUCAGUUUCACAGCUGUAGAUGGUAAAAUUCAUCUAAGAAAUUACAAAGUUUUAUUGAAGAAAUCCAGCACAAGAGUUCCCAGAAUAGAAUUGGUGGAAAUAGGACCCAGUAUGGAUUUAGCAGUUAGAAGAUCAAAAUUAGCGUCUGAUGACUUGUUUAAACAAUCGUGCAAAAAGCCUAAGGAAUAUAAAAUCAAGGCCAAGAAAAACAUUAGUUCUGAUAAUUUCGGUACCAAGUUUGGAAGGAUUCAUUUGGGAGUUCAACACAUUGACAAAAUACAAACUAGAAAAAUGAAAGGUCUGAAAAAACGAAAGAUCACCGAAGAGUCCGAUGACAAAAAUAAAAAAGCAAAGCUUACAAAUAACGAUGAUAAAAAUUGA